AGGAGGGGGAGGGGCUGCGGUGGAGGUUGUUACCCUGCCAACAUGGCGGCGCCCAUGAAGAGCGGCGUGGGUGGCGGCGUCCCCGCCGCGACUGGCGUAGCCGAGGCCGGCGAGGACUACGUGCAGUACAGCCUCCUGCUGCGACACCUCGUCGGCGACAAGCGGCAGCCCAGGGAGAUAUCCCCCACGGUGUACGGCGGCUUCCCCGCGGCGUCCAAGAGCGAGCAGCAGAAGAUGAUCGAGGCGGCGAUGGAGAGCUGCACCUUCAAGGCCGCGCUCGCUUGCGUUGCAGGCUUUGUGCUCGGCGGAGCGUUUGGGAUCUUCACAGCAGGAAUUGACUCGAACGUGGGCAUCGACCCGAAGGACCCAAUGCGCACACCCACGGCCCGUGAGGUGCUGAAGGACAUGGGCCAGCGCAGUGCGUCCUACGCAAAGAACUUUGCGAUCAUUGGAGCGAUGUUCUCGUGCAGCGAGUGUGUUAUUGAGUCGUAUCGGGGAGUGUCUGACUGGAAGAACAGUACGCUCAGUGGAUGCGCCACAGGAGGAAUCAUCGGAUUUCGGGCUGGCCUGAAGGCAGGCGUACUGGGCUGCGCAGGAUUCGCUGCUUUUUCGACAGCGAUCGAUUAUUACCUCCGCUGAGCACCGCGAGAGGCCCGCGGUUGAAUGUGUCGCGUAUGUACUUGUACGGCCCUUUCUCAAUCCACUGCUGGAUGAGGGCCUCCCCCACACUGUGCGGGCCGUGGGGGUUGACCAUAAUGGUUUGUUACCAGUGCGGGUUGGUAAAGGUGGGGAACAUUGACGAUGGAGCAUAGAAUAGAGUCCAACAGCAGAUGUUACUGCACUGCCCUAUUGCUGACAAUGUAGCUUCGCAGCAGCCUUUAACACCUGUUUUAUGCAUGGCAGUUGCCCAUCCAAGCACUGUCCAGGAUUGUUGCGGCUUAGCUUUCUAAAUCUGGCACAUUCCGGGUGGUUUGUUCAUAGGUGUAUUGCUUAAAUCUUAAAUAUAUAUAACUUAUGGAUUACAAGAUUACGUUUUCUGAUAAUUUAAGUAUAUUAUGUUUCUGGUUUUAACAAAAUUUGUUUAAAGAAACCAUUUUACAUUCGAUGAUUUUGCAUGUAUUUUGAAAAGUAACAACCCCUGAACAGUUACACGCGUGUUUAUUUGUGCAAGUGUUCUCGUUUAUGCUUUUCGCAAAAGGCGCACGAAUGUUCAGUUGCUAUCUAAGAAUGGAAAAAAAUCCAAAUAUUCGUCAAAAACACUGCCUGAAAGAAGAAAUGUAAUGAAAUAACAGGCGGCGAUUUUGGAAAUCGUCCCUUUUUUGUUGGAGAGAGGUGACGAGGCCAGAGAGACCGAGUGAAGAAUAGUUCGAAUUUUCUAUCGGAGCCUCGUGACGUAUAGUGUAGUCUCCCAAUGAUUCAUUCCAUGCCCCUGGCCUCUGCCAUUGCCCACAUAACUCAUUAUACAAUUCUUCGAAAUUAUGGCGGUGUUAUUGAUGAAUGUCUUGUGUUUUCUGUUAUUUGUGUUUUUGCACCACUGCCAUUGCAGCGUCACGUGUUUCAGGCUUGAAAUGGCGUGCGGGUUCGCUUGCACGCCAGCUUUUGGGCAUAACUUCACCGCCAGCGGUGACAGUGUUUAUGAAAGCAACUGUGAUUUGUCUUCAUGUCAUUUGAAAGGUUAUACAUCUUAGCAAAGCCAGCAGAGAACAAACUGUGCAGUCAAUGUUUAUCACAGGCAUGUAUUGUUAAAUGUAUAUAUGGAUGUAUAUAAGUAUGACACACAACCCUAUUGGAAAGUGACAAAUUUAAUAAAGAUCUUCCAACC